AUGUUUUUCACGAUUAUAGACUUUGGUCUCAGCAAUAUUUAUGCCAGCGGCGAUCCUCUACGAACGCACUGCGGAUCUCCAGAAUACGCUGCUCCCGAACUUUUUGUCGUAGGUAAACGAUAUGGGCCGGAAGUAGAUUUGUGGAGCCUAGGAGUCGUUUUAUAUGGCAUGAUUAUCGGUCGACUUCCAUUCCUAUGCCCCCGCGACGAAUGGACGUCGUCUGAGGAACGUCGACGGAGGCUGAUGAUCCAAAUCAAUAGGGGCUUGACGUCGAUCCAGGAAAAAGCUAUGUACCAAACGUCGAUCGAAUGCAAGAACUUAAUAAAUCGCUUACUCAUUCCAUCGGCUCGCGAGAGAAUCACCAUUCGAGAGAUUCUUGAUCACCCUUGGAUCCUCGUGACAUCGAAGAACAACUUUCAUUUUCGCUCUGAAGAUGACAUAAACGUUUCCAAUCACAACUCG